AGCUAGUCCUUACCGAGGCGCCGGGUCGCUCGUGUGAGGUAUUGAAAAAGUUGUAGAUUAAUACGUUCCAAGUUUUAAGAAAUAAUUUGUUUAAAUAAAUUAUCGAAACUACGUUAAACGGACAUUCAUAUGGUAUAAUUAUCGCCGUAUCAUUAUUAUUGUAAUUUUUAAGUUUGCUAGUGCGACGAAGAAUUGAUUUCGUUGAAAAUACGCGACGCUGCGACAAUAAAUAUAUAUUUAUUUUUUAUAUAAAUAUUAAAACGCGAGCACGGAAAGUAUAUAUGAAAAAAUUUAUUAUAUAUAUUUUCCAACUACGAUUUUGACACGAUAUCUGAAUCUGGAUUAUAUUCGACUUGUUUGCCUACUGUCCACGAGGCUUGCUUGUCCAAUAAAACCCCCGUACGAUAUCGAUUUAAAUUGAAUUUGAAAUUGAAUAAAUAAAGAACGCAGACCCGCCUUCAAAAUGCCUGCAAGAUUCGAAUCCGUUAACAGCCCGGUAGUACGAGAAUCAGUCGUGACUAAUGGAGCAGGCUAUACUCUCGACGAGGACAUCGUUAUCACCGGUUUUUCAGGUCGAUUACCUGAGUCAUCAAAUAUCGAAGAAUUCAAACAGCAGUUAUUCGAUGGAAUUGAUUUGGUCACCGAUGACGAACGAAGGUGGCCAUCAGGAUUACACGGGCUUCCAACUAGGACCGGAAAACUCAAAGAUCUCAAAUCAUUUGACGCAACAUUUUUUGGAGUCCAUGCCAAACAGGCAGAUGUUAUGGAUCCACAACUUAGAAUCCUGUUGGAGUUGACACACGAAGCUAUAGUAGAUGCUGGGAUAAACCCUUCGGAAAUAAGAGGAACAAAAACUGGGGUGUUUAUAGGUGUUUCCGACUCAGAAUCCGACGAAUUUUGGACGGCUGAUCCUGAUCUAGUUAACGGAUAUGGACUGACGGGAUGCUGUCGUGCCAUGUUUCCAAACAGAAUCUCUUACACGUUUGAUCUUACUGGACCUAGUUUUGCGGUAGACACGGCGUGCUCAUCGUCAUUAUAUGCGUUUAAUCAGGCUGUGGUAGCUAUGCGUACCGGACAGUGUGACGCAGCUAUUGUUGGAGGAGUUAAUCUAGUUUUAAAACCAACCAGCUCGCUACAGUUUCACAGACUUAACAUGUUGUCGCCAGAGGGUAUGUGCAAGGCCUUCGAUGCUGCUGGAAAUGGAUAUGUGAGAUCUGAGGCAGCCGUUGUUAUAUUUCUGCAAAAAUCAGCAAGUUCUAGAAGAGUAUAUGCCACUGUUGUUAACUCCAAAACAAAUACAGACGGCAACAAGGAACAAGGUAUCACAUUUCCCAGUGGCGCAAUGCAGAAUAAAUUAAUGAGAGAAGUCUACGAAGAGUCAGGGAUCAACCCAGCUGAUGUUGCGUACGUCGAGGCACAUGGAACCGGAACCAAAGUUGGAGACCCACAAGAAGUGAAUUCUAUUGCCGAUCUUUUUUGCAAAAAUCGUACAACACCCCUACUUAUUGGUUCCGUAAAAUCUAACAUGGGACAUUCCGAACCUGCUAGUGGCUUGUGCUCCAUUGCCAAGGUUCUGAUCGGUAUGGAGACAGGAAUCAUUCCAGGAAACUUGCACUUCAACAGCCCAAACUUAGAUAUACCUGCUUUGAGUGACGGGAGAUUGAAAGUCGUUGACAAAGCCACACCUUGGAAUGGUGGUCUCGUCGCUGUCAAUUCUUUUGGAUUCGGUGGCGCCAAUGCUCACAUCGUUCUCCGUAGUAAUCCAAAACCGAAACUUUCACCUGUGUUAGAUGUUAAACUACCCAAAAUUGUCGCUGUCUCUGGACGAACACAAGAAGCUGUUUCUUCCUUCCUGGAUAAAGUGAAAGAACACGGAAAUGAUGACGAAUUCAUCGCCCUGGUUCAAGAUUUACAUACUGUCAAUAUUCCCGGACAUGGAUACCGUGGUUUCCAAGUACUUGGCGAUGAAAAUAUUCGUGAAGUUGAAGAGUACAUAAAUGACAAACGCCCUAUCUGGUACGUGUUCUCUGGAAUGGGUUCACAGUGGCCUGGAAUGGGCAAAGAAUUAUUUAAAAUCGAUACUUUUGCGCGGUCUAUGAGACGUUGCGCGGACGCUCUUAGUCCGGAAGGCGUAGAUCUGAUGGAUUUGAUCCAAAAUGGGACUGAGGAAACUUUCGACAACGUUCUAAACGCGUUUGUAGCAAUAGCUGCUAUUCAAGUUGCCCUCGUCGAUGUUCUCACCUCGAUUGGCAUCCACCCGGAUGGAAUCGUUGGUCAUUCAGUUGGAGAAUUAGGAUGUGCUUACGCAGAUGGAACUUUCACACCGGAACAAACGGUACUGGCCGCUUAUUGGCGAGGAAAAUCGAUCCAGGAAUCCGCACUGCCGGAAGGUGCGAUGGCAGCUGUUGGCCUGAGUUGGGAGGAGACAAAAAAACGCUGUCCGAAGGAAAUUUCCCCAGCCUGUCACAACUCUGCAGACUCUGUCACGGUAUCUGGACCUGUUGACUCGAUCAAAAAAUUCGUUGCUCAGUUGAAGGAAGAGGACAUUUUUGCAAAGAUCGUUAACAGUUCAGGCUGUGCUUUCCAUAGUAAAUAUAUAGCCUCCGCUGGACCAAAACUUCGCGCUUCUCUAGAGAAGAUAAUUCCAAAUCCUAAACAAAGAAGUUCAAGGUGGAUAUCUAGUUCAAUUCCUGAAGCAGCUUGGGGAACUCCGGUCGCACAGCUUAGCUCGCCUGCUUAUCACGUCAACAAUCUUUUGUCCCCAGUUUUGUUCCAAGAAGCUCUUGCGUAUGCUCCUGAAAAUGCAAUCACCAUUGAAAUAGCUCCUCAUUGUCUGCUUCAAGCUAUUUUACGCAGAUCUUUGAAAUCAACUGUGACCAAUAUUGGGCUCCACAAACGAGGGCAUUCCAAUAAUCUAAAUUUCUUCCUCAACAACAUUGGAAAACUUUACAAUGCCGGUGCACAACCAAAACUUGCCAAAUUUUAUCCUACAAUUAAUUAUCCUGUGGGUCGUGGCACUCCCAUGAUUAACUCGCUUAUACAGUGGGAUCAUUCCAUUGAAUGGAGCGUCGCCGAUUUUUCUGGAAAAGGAGCACGCACCGGAGAGAGCGUGAUCGAAGUUGAUUUGUCCAAGGAAAACGAUGCCUAUCUGUCAGGUCACACGAUAGAUGGAAGAAUUUUGUUCCCAGCUACUGGUUACUUGACUUUGGUCUGGAAGACUUUUGCCAAACUUCAGGGCAAUGAUUUCGAAAAGAUGCCCGUUAUCUUGGAGGAUGUUCAGUUCCACAGGGCAACGAUAAUGCCAAAAGAAGGCUCUGUCAAAUUCUUAGUAAAUAUAUUCGACGGUACUGGUGAGUUCGAGAUCUGCGAAGCUGGAUCAGUUGCAGUUUCUGGGAGAAUAAGCCUCCCAGAAAACGUAGAGAAACAGCAACUGAACCUUCCGGUUCCUGUAUCAAAAUGCAAUGCCGAACUACUUGAACUCAACACUAGCGAUGUGUACAAAGAUCUCAGAUUAAGAGGGUACGAUUACGAUGGUAUUUUCCGUGGAAUCAAAUCAUCAGACAAUAAAGGAGUUGCUGGUCAACUUUUCUGGGAUAAUAACUGGGUGUCUUACAUCGAUACUAUGCUACAAUUCAGCAUUUUGGGCAAGGAUACUAGAGACCUUUACCUUCCAACUCGCCUUCAGAGAGCUGUAAUUAAUCCCAUAAUGCACAAAGAACUGACAGCUGCACUCAAGGAGAAAGAAGGAUUGCCUGUUUAUUCCUACCCCAAUCUCGAUGUGAUAAAAUCUGGUGGGAUUGAACUACGCGGAAUGAAAGCAUCUCUUGCUCCCAGGAAGCAGCAAACUCAAGCUCUGCCAAAACAUGAACGAUACACUUUUGUACCUUACGAAAAUACUCAAUCCGUAGUUGAAGAUGCGGAUAAAUCGAAGCAAUAUGCUCUUACUGUUCUCUUACAAGUUGCUCGAGAAAAUCUCGGAGGCAUCAAGAUCAAAGUUGUGGAAGUCGCUGGCGAUCGGUCUGCGGAAGCCUUGCUAGUCCCAUCAGUUCUGGAGGUUCUGACGUCUGAGCCGAUGCUGACUGUUGAUUUACAAGUGAUUUCAACUUCUCCAGACAGUUACAACACUGUCCUAGAACAAUGGAAUACAAAAUGCGUCGCUCGUGAUGCCUGCUCCACUCCAGUAGGCCAAGAUUUACACUUGGUGGUUGCAGCGGACAUACUUUCGAACAAGAAUUCAGCAGUUCUAAAGAAUUCUGCUGCUGCACUUAAACCAGGUGGUUUUAUAAUAUUGGAAGAAACUGGAAAGGUUGACGCAAGUGUCUUGCAAGACAGUGGGCUAGUUUUUGUAGCCAAACAACUAACUCUUGGAAAAAGUUAUGUACUGCUAAAAAAAGUUGAAGAAUCCAAAGAACCGAUUGUCAUCAAAAUAACCGAGAAAAACUUUGAAUGGGUGGAAGCCGUCAAAGCUGCUCUUGCUAAAUCUGAAACCGAAGGGCAAAAGGUUCUCAUCGUUGGACAGGGCGAAAAAUUACUUGGUAUCGUUGGUCUAAUGACAUGCCUUAGGGCUGAGGCUGGAGGAAGUAACGCGCGAUACGUGUUCGUCCAAGAUGAAAAAGCCGCCGAAUUUUCUUUGAAAAAUGCAUUCUAUGCAAAUCAAUUAUCCAAGGAUCUCGUUGCCAACGUUCUGAAAGGAGGGCAGUGGGGAAGCUUCCGACACUUGCGUCUCGACCAACAAAAUGAUAGUUCUUCGCUCCAGGUGGAACACGCAUAUAUCAAUACACUUGUUAGAGGUGAUUUGAGCAGUUUGCGAUGGAUCGAAGGUCCCCUCAGCUAUUAUCAGCCAGAAAAAUAUCCCGAUAACGAAUUCUGCAACGUUUAUUAUGCACCUUUGAACUUCAGAGACAUAAUGCUCGCAACUGGUAAAUUGACAGCAGAUGCACUUCCCGGUGAUUUGGCCGGUCAGGAUUGUAUUCUUGGUCUUGAAUUCGCUGGUAGAAAUUCCAAGGGACAACGAGUCAUGGGAAUGAUCGCGGCUCGUGGUUUGGCAACUACCGUACUAGCUGAUCCAGGAUUUAUGUGGGAAGUCCCCGAAAAAUGGACUCUGGAGGAAGCUGCGACAAUCCCCGUUGUCUACGCUACCAGUUACUAUGCUCUGGUCGUGCGUGGUCGCAUGCGUCCCGGUGAAAGCGUUCUGAUUCAUGCCGGAACUGGAGGCGUAGGUCAGGCGAGUAUUUCGAUCGCUUUGCACGCCGGCUGCAGGGUUUUUACAACAGUAGGAUCUCAGGAGAAACGUGAUUUCUUGAAAAAGACGUUCCCACAAUUGACUGAUAGGAAUAUCGGCAACUCGCGGGACACCAGUUUCGAACAACUCGUCCUCUCCGAGACCAAUGGACGAGGUGUUGAUCUGGUCCUGAAUUCUCUAGCCGAAGAAAAACUGCAAGCCAGUGUAAGGUGCUUGGCUAAGCAUGGCAGAUUCUUAGAAAUUGGAAAAUACGAUCUUUCGAAAAAUACUGGUCUCGGAAUGUCAUUUUUCCUAAAAAAUACCAGUUUCCAUGGAAUUUUAUUGGAUGCUUUAUUCGACACUGAUUCGUUCGAAAAAAGAGAGGUCGUUAAACUAGUCAGUGAGGGUAUUAAGAACGGAGCCGUACGACCUCUUCCAUCUACGGUCUUCUCCGAACAACAAAUCGAACAAGGAUUCAGAUAUAUGGCUACGGGAAAACACAUUGGUAAAGUUUUAUUGAAAAUACGCGAUGAGGAGCCAAAGAAGGUUGUUCAACCCGUUCAAAAGACUGUAGCUGCAAUUCCACGAACUUAUAUGAACCCGGAUAAGUCUUACGUCCUUGUCGGAGGCUUGGGAGGUUUUGGUUUAGAACUGGCAAACUGGAUGAUCACCCGUGGGGCAAAACAUCUUGUGCUCACCUCUCGUUCAGGAAUCAGAACAGGAUAUCAAGCUCUUUGCAUACGUCGCUGGCGUGAAACGGGGGUGAACAUCACUAUUUCUACAACGGAUGCUACUACGCUGAGCGGAGCAGAAAAAUUGAUAAAGGAAACACAAAAGCUCGCACCAGUUGGUGGUAUAUUCAACUUGGCUGCAGUUCUCAGAGAUGCUCUGAUCGAAAAUUUAACCGAAGCUGAUUUCAAGACGGUAGCUCUACCUAAAAUUGAUGCUACUAAACACCUGGAUACUGCCUCAAAAAAAUUAUGCCCAGCUUUGGACUACUUCGUAGUAUUUUCAUCCAUAUCCUGUGGACGAGGAAACGUUGGACAGGCCAAUUAUGGAUUGGCUAACUCCGCUAUGGAGAGAAUAGUCGAAGACAGGCAAGCCAGCGGACUUCCCGGACUCGCCAUUCAGUGGGGUGCCAUUGGAGAUGUCGGUCUAAUUCUAGAAACCAUGGGUGGAAAUGACACAGAAGUUGGAGGUACCUUGCCCCAACGUAUGUCUAGCUGUUUGUCAACGAUGGAUGUGUUCCUCCAACAGCCACAUCCUGUGCUGGGUUCGAUGGUACUUGCAGAUAAAGGAAAAACGGGAGAUACAGCUAACCAAGUUGGGCUGUUAGAAGCAGUCGGCAACAUUCUUGGAAUCAAGGAUGUCAAGACAGUAAACCCAAAUAACACAUUAGCGGAUCUAGGAAUGGACUCUCUGAUGGGUACAGAAAUUAAACAAACCUUGGAGCGAGGUUACGAUCUAGUUCUAUCCGCCCAGGAGAUUCGAGGUCUGACUUUUGGAAAGUUGAUUGAGUUCUCCAACCAGUCCGGAGAAACUACUGAGGCGACUAGUUCUGCACCAGCUUCAACCAGGGCAGCGGAAGACGCACCCGAUAAAUUAUUAUACCAGUUCUCCGGCACGGAUAUUAUGCCAAAAGAAUCUCUGGUCCAACUGGAAUCAAAAUCAAAAACUGGAUCACCUGUUUUCGUUAUACACGCUAUCGAGGGAGCAGUUACGUCUAUGAAAGGCCUUGCCAGCGAACUAAAUCGUCCUGUUUGGGGAUUGCAGUGCACUUCGAACGCUCCGUUGAAAUCUCUGAUGGACUUAUCGGCAUUCUACAUCAAACAAAUGAAAACUGUACAACGCAAGGGACCGUACACCAUAGUCGGUUAUUCGUUCGGUGCCUGUGUAGCUUUUGAAAUGGCGUUACAAUUGGAAUCGGCAGGAGAGAGCGUUGUGCUCACACUCCUAGAUGGUUCGCCAGCCUACAUCACGUCUCAUAGUCAAGCAAUUGCAAAACAAGUGAACUCUUCCGAAACGACGAAUGCCGAUAAUGGACUGGAACCGGCCCUGGCCUUCUUUGCUAUGCAGUUUAAAUCUGACAUCAACUUUGUGAAGGCUUCGGCUGAACUGGAGAGCCAUCAGACAUUGGAACAAAAAUUAGACAAGUUUAUUGAAAUCAUCGGAAGCACGCAAUUCAAAGAUGAGGAUAUCAAAAUUGCAGCAGUUUCAUUCUUUAGAAAAUUAGAAGCAGCAAAUAUAUACGAACCUGCCAGUAAAUACAAUGGCCCCGUCACACUCAUUAAGGCAAAAGACAAUUUCGUCACACUGGAACAGGAUUACGGGCUAUCAGAGAUCUGUAAUCAGAAGGUGUCGAUAACCGAACUCGCUGGAAAUCACAGAAGUAUCCUAUCUGGAGAUAGCGUCAAGAAAAUAGCUGAGAUUUUACGAUUGUAGAUUCAUCGAUAUAUAUAUAUAUCUAUAUUUAUACACCCCAUCUCUCAUUCGAUUCUCAAACAAUACAAAUGGGGUGAUUCGUUUGAACGCGGCUGAUUCGAUAUAAUAAUGUAAAUCGAUGUGACCAAAUAGCUCUCAAUAUUCAGCCUCAAUGAAUCACUCAGUAUUAAAUAAGGCAUUCCUAAAGGAGAAACUCCAAGAAUCUAACUUGAUUGAUAUUCUUCAUAUCUGUUGCUUUAUUCUCUACUUCUCCAUUUUCUUCAUUUGAAAUCUCGUCGUGAAUAUGUCAUCGCGUUAUAGAUGGAAAAAAAAUCGACGAGCAAAAUUACUCUUAGAGAAUAAUACUUUUGUAAAAAAUCUCUUCUCUAUUGGAGUCUCUACCUGAUCAUCAUAUCGUUUAUUUUCUCAUUACUAUUCGACUUAGUACCUAGUUUAACUUGUAAAAUACUUUCAUAUCGGUACGACAGACACUUUUUCCCCGUCUGAUUUUUCAAAUAGUUUCAGACGAGUCUUGCAAUUCACAGUAAAAUUACGAUCUUUUAUAUACGUACGUACAUAUAUGUAUAAUUCCAAUAUGAAGUUAGCAGUAUUCUGUGGUGGAAGGAAAAGUGUCUCGCGGUCCAAUUCAACAAUUAUAUCGAUAAAAUUUGGAUCUGUUCCGACGAAUCCUUGCUAAGGGGAUACUGAUUACAAUAUAGAUAAGAGCUUGUGUAAAGUUCCUAUACGAUUUUUCAAUAAUUCUUAGUGGACAAAGUUGUUAUUGUCAAGUUGUAUGGGAAGGGUGUAUUUAUUUUGCUAGUAUAAAUGUCUGAUUAAAUCAUUCCUAUUCAGGGCAUUUGCAUUAAGAUUUAUAAUAUAUCAAGGUUCGUGUAAUUCCUGCCGUUUAAUAUGUCCUUCUAACUGACACAUCAUUAGUUUAUAUUAGGUAAAUAUAUCAUUUUUAUAUUUUCCAGCUAAAAUAUGCAGCGUAAGGUUCUAGGGAAAAGAAUAAAUGUUGCUAAACUGUAUUCUUUUGUGGUAAUUAAAAUUUACCUCAAUAUAAUUAUUCUUUUGUUUUGUGAUCGUGUCACGCACCAAAUAUGAAAAAAUAUAGAUAUUAGAAUAAAAAAUUUUAACAAGUAUGCACAUAAUAAAAUCUAUGCAUGGUCCUGAUUUAGAAAAGUUUAAACGAAAAUGUCAAAUGAAAGAACAAAAAGCACCAGGAACGAUGAAAAUUAAUUUGGGGAGAGAAAGGGGAGUAUUUUUCGAAGAAAGAAAAUGCACAAUGUAUGUACCGUGUAGUUGUAUAUAAAUAUUUAAAAAAUACCUGUAUGUAUAAUAAAUAAAUUAUUCAACAUAA